GGGUCGAGUACGUACGACGUCGUGUUCUUUUUUGGGGGUUUUGCUCGAACAAAACAGCCACGUGUUUUUAAAUGUCGUGUGACAUCAGCUUGAACACGGGAAACGAAGGCAUCGACCAAAAGAUUAGUUUUUGUGAGAUUGAAGGAGAACUUCUUGAACUAUUGAUCCGAAUGCCCCCACGGGAAGAAGAUCUGAAGUAUGCAAAGGCAACGUAAAGAGUCACUGCCAGUAAAGAAGUCAGCUUAAGCCACAUACAAUGAGAAAACUAAACCAAAUCCAUGCGCUACUCAUCAAAAAUCCAAAACCCCAUGUUUUGAACCCCUGGCUGGGAUUUCUUAUAAAAUCUUCAGCACCAGAAAAUGCUCUUUUUCUCUAUAACCAAAUGCUCCACCAGCGUCCUUCCCAUAACCACUAUACAUUCACUUAUGCCCUCAAGGCAUGCUGCUUGCUUCACUCACCCCAUAAAGGCCAAGAAAUCCAAGCCCACGUCACAAAAUCCGGUCACAUAUCUGAUACCUUCAUCCAAAACUCCCUGCUCCAUUUCUACAUUAUCCGAUCUGAUAUUGUUUCUGCUACCCAGGUUUUUGAUUCAAUACCUGUACCGGAUGUUGUUUCAUGGACUUCAAUGAUUUCAGGUCUUUCCAAGUGUGGUUUUUUGGAAGAAGCAGUGAUGAAGUUUAUGUCCAUGGACAUAAAGCCUAAUCCUACUACUCUUGUGACUGUUUUGUCUUCUUGUUCUACUUUAAGAGCUGUCAAGUUUGGUAAAGCUGUUCAUGGCCAUUGUUUGAGGAACUUUCAUGAAAGUAAUUUGAUUUUGAACAAUGCCGUUUUGGAAUUCUAUCUGAGAUGUGGAUCUCUGGCAAGUGCAAGGUAUCUGUUUGUCAACAUGCCCAAGAGAGAUGUAGUUUCUUGGACUAGCAUGGUGGGUGGUUAUGCCCAAAGAGGUUUUUGUGAAGAGGCAGUGAAACUUUUCCAACAACUGGUGCAGGGCGGGGAAGCUGACCCUAAUGAGGCCACCAUUGUCAAUGUAUUGUCAGCAUGUUCUUUGAUUUGUGCAUUGCGUUCAGGCCAGCAGGUGCAUUCCUAUAUCAGUACUCAACGAGAUCUCAUGGUGAAUGUCAAUGUGGGAAAUGCCUUAAUCAACAUGUAUGUCAAGUGUGGACAUUUGGGUAUGGCUAUUUCGGUUUUUAAGGCCCUUGAGUGCAGAGAUAUCAUUUCAUGGACUGCUCUAAUAAGUGGCAUGGCCAUGAAUGGCCAUGGCAUCCAGGUGUUACAGCUCUUUUCCAGUAUGCUAGUCAAUGGGAUUUCUCCUGAUGGUGUAACCUUCCUUGGGUUGUUAACAGCAUGCAGUCAUGCUGGCUUGGUAAAUCAAGGGCUUAUGUUCUUCAAUGCUAUGAAGAAAAUUUACCAGAUUGUUCCUGAAACACUGCAUUAUGCGUGUCUGGUCGAUAUGUAUGGUCGAGCUGGGCUCUUAGAGGAAGCAGAGGCUUUUAUUAAAGAAAUGCCAAUGAAAGCUGAUGGUCCUGUUUGGGGAGCACUGCUUAAUGCGUGCAAAAUUCAUGGGAACGAGGAGAUGGUUGAGAGGAUUAGCGAAGGCCUUCGCAAUAGUGCACAAGUGACCACUGGAACAUAUGCGCUGUUAUCAAAUGCUUAUGCUAAUCAUGAUAGGUGGGAUGAUUCUAAUAAGGUCCGCGAUGAAAUGAGAGAGAUGGGGAUGAAGACACCACCAGGUUGUAGUUGGAUUGAGAUUGGUCCAGAGAUCAAACAUACAGACAGGUGUUCCAAUACAUGGUCAACAUUGGGUAAGAACCACUCUUUGUCUAACCAAACCACAGAAGGGUCCUUGAAAGCCUAACCCUUGAGACUAUUAUCUGGCAAUACCAGAAGUUGAAGCAAAUUUCAAGAUGUACAAAAUUAAUCAUCUGGAGAACCAAUAAGUGGUUGAAGCUGCAGAGGAAUGCAAGAAGAUGGACCAGAUGAACGUGGGGUCGAGGGGAAGACCGAAACAUCUGACUCUGGAACCCUCACCGCGGCAUCCACAUUAAGACCUACAAGUCCCAUGGCCGUGAAGUUCGUGAUGUACACAUGAUGAUUUCUUUAGUUGGGACUUGAUUUUUGGUUGGCUGCACUCAGACACUAGUCAUAAUCACUUUACAAUCCCCGUCGAAGGCAGAGCAUAGGUGUGUGAUUCUUGUUUCAUAGACCGAGAUGUCUCAGAGAACCGGUGCUCCCUCAUAGUCUUCCCAACAGUGUCUCUUUCAUGAAGAAGUCCCAGCAAGUCUUGCAACAUAUAAAUGCUACUGUCCAUGAUGGUGGAGCACUUGUGCUGAUGGGUGGGCUGUGGCUAGACUCCCUCGUUCAUAAGUUGGCUGUAUUUGACAAGCCUUCUGCUGGUCACGUUCUGUGGAAUGGGCAGUACACCACAGAUUUAGGAGUUUCGCAACCAGAAAAGUUCAAUGUCUCCUUGAAAGGAAGCUGGGAAAUUCAUUUCCUGCUUCACAGCUGAUGCGGAUGGGGAAUGCUGUCAAUGUGGCACUUGAAGAGCUUGCAGCAGCUCAGGAGGUUGCUAGCAAUCGAUGAUGCCUAUUCGAUUGCCUGAUGAGCCUUUCUGUUUGCCGCAUUGAACAAUGCUGGUGAGUGCAGAAUAGUCACUAUGUCCUUUCUUUUCACUUCGCUUUUGCAAAUUGUUGAUGGGUUAAAUUGACCAAAAUACCCCUUAUGAGCAGUAUAAAUGAAUGCUUGGGAGACUAGGGUUCCAUACUCGUUAGUUUAAGAAUGAGGCUUUGCUCUCAGAGAGAGACCCUCUCUGAACGUCUGCGGAGCCGGUGAUUUCAAACCCAUUACAAUCUCUCUCUCUCUCUCUCUCUCUCUCUCUCAUCAUCUUCUUCUUCUUCUUCUUCAAUGAAACCAAAUGUCAAGAGGCGGUGAUGAUUCUUUUCAGUUUCUGCUAACCAGACCGGUGGGGACGGCGAGCGAGUCUACUUGGCGGGGCGACCCGGUUGCUUCUGUUGGGUGAAAAUGACUUUUUGGUCCUUUCACUUAACUGGCGGCGGCUCGGUGUUCGCAGCCAUGGAAGGCCGCGUUUGCUUCCCUCUCUUUUGUCUGACAGAAGGCGAAUCUGAGCCUCCCUCAUUUUUACUAACCUAUUUUACUUUUUUACUGUCUUGUUGUCAAAACCCAGUUGGUGAAGUUAAGAAAUUGGAUGAAACCCAAAUGGUAAAGUACAGAAAUUUAACCAUUUUUAACUCGGUUGUUGUAAUGAAAUGUCACUUGGAAUUUGUUAUAGUUUGGCAUAAUGAGAUGAGUCUCUUGGAACCUAGAUUUUGUAAUAAAUAAUCUUCAAGAACAAUCAGAAGUCCUUGUUUGUAAGAUGAAGAGUGUUUGAAGUUGGAAUCAUCGAACUGGGUUAGAAAUUUAGAAUUAUUUUGCUGGUA